AUGGUUAAUGGCAGCCUAGAGAAAUGGUUGCAUUCUGACCAAUACAAUGGAAUCGCAGAUAAAGGGCUAAGCUUUGCCCAGAGGAUAUGCAUAGCAGCAGAUGUGGCUUCUGCUCUUGAUUAUGCCCACAACGAACUGACGCCUCCUCUGAUCCAUUGUGAUUUGAAGCCAAACAAUGUCCUUUUGGAUGAUGACAUGACUGCGCGGCUCAGUGACUUUGGCUCAGCGAAGUUUCUAUCACCAAGUCUGCUAAUUCCUAAAAGCCUGGAUGAUGUUGGAGGGACAAUUGGAUAUGUGGCACCUGAGUAUGGAAUGGGUUGCGAGAUCUCCGUAGCCGGUGAUGUGUAUAGUUUUGGAGUGCUUCUACUGGAAUUGCUUACUGGAAAACGACCUACUGAUGAUAUGUUUGUGGAUGGACUUAGCCUUUGUAAGUUUUGUGAAUCUAUGUUCCCAGACAGAGUUUCUGAGAUUCUUGAUCCUCGUAUGGCACAUGAGGAGCAUCAAGGGUGCACAGAAGGAUGGAUUCAGAGAUAUAUUGUCCCCUUGGUUGCCCUUGGGCUGUCAUGUACCGUGGAAUCUCCAAAGGAUAGGCCCGGAAUGAAAGAUGUUUGUGCAAAACUUUCUGAUAUUAGAGCCUCUUUUCUUUAA